AUGUCCGACUCAGCAACUCAAACGGGCAAUAAAGAUUCCCGAUUCGGAGACUGGCUGCCUUCGCCCGAAGAAGUCUGCAAGUGGCUCAGGAUUCUCAUAAAACAAGCUGAGAGCGACCCCAAAGAGCUUGAUCCUGUGAUUAAGGACUUCCAAAGUCUUGUGCAAGAUGACCCUGCCCUCAAGGUUCUUGCGAAAAAAAUGUUUGAGGAAAUCCCUCGCGUGGAAGGCGAUGCGACAUACGACGUCAAGGACUUUGACCAAACGCUGAAAGUCUUCAAUGAGAUCUUGACCUCUCCGCCGUAUGUGCGUGCGACCGAAGCGGGUUUGAGCGCGAUUACUGUACCUUUCAAUGCCGUGCUCAACUGGCCAGCGAAUACGACAAGCGGCUAUGUGUUCUUCCUGAAUAAGCACGUGAAUGAAAAGUUGAAGAAGAUUAUCGAUAGAUGGGGCGACUUUCUCAAAUACGACCCCAAGUCUACCAAAUACAUAAAUCACGAGAAGGACAACGACAAGAAUUGGUUCAGCACUAAUUACCAAAAUAUCAUGAAGGACUAUGCCCAGUGGCCACGCAGCUCCCCCAUCGAGCAGCUUUAUAAAUGUGAUCCCAGCUCUCCUACCUGGGGGUUUCCCAGCUGGGACAAGUUUUUCACCCGCGAGUUUUGUACGGGUGUCCGCGAUGUGAGCCAUGAAGACCAAGACCCCGAUGUGAUCGUCAAUGCCUGCGAAGCCGGCAAGCAGGGAGUAGUGCAAAGGGUCAAAGAUCGCGACACCUUUUGGCUCAAAUCCCAGCCAUACUCUAUAAUCGAUAUGAUGGACUCCGACUCGUACAGCUCCCGGUUCUUUAACGGCACCGUCUAUCAAGGUUGGCUGAGCUCGGCCUGCUAUCACCGCUGGCAUUCUCCGAUCGCAGGGACAGUGAAGAAAAUAGUGCAUAUUCCAGGCACAUACUACUCCAAUGUCCGAUCGAAUCUAUUUCCGAACCCUGAUCCGUCGGGUCCGAACCUUUCUCAGUUUUAUCUGGCCUCUGUUGCUACGAGAGCGCUUAUUUUCAUUGAGGCGGACAACCCGGCUAUCGGACUGGUAUGCUUCAUUGCGAUCGGGAUGAACGAGAUUUCAAGCUGCGAAAUUACAGUUUACAAAACCCAGCAGGUGCAGAAGGGACAGCAGCUUGGAAUGUUUCACCUUGGUGGAUCGGCCUAUUGCUUGUGCAAGUCCAACUGGACUGGGAGUGCUCUUACUGUGGGCGGCGGAUACGUUUGGCAAGAGGUCUAUGCCAAGGCAGCCGAGCAUAGUGUUAUUGCAGUUGGCGGUAGCGACAAGUCCGUCGGUACGAUUGGUGGCUACUUGCAAGGCGGUGGCCAUGGUUUGACAUCCAACGAAUUUGGCUUGGGAACAGACCAGGUCCUCGAAUAUAAGGUCGUUCUAGCAUCUGGAGAGACCGUCAUAGCCAACGAGUGUCAGCAUACGGAUCUCUUUAUGGCUUUACGAGGUGGAGGUGGUGGCACCUACGGCGUUGUGGUAUCAGCUACUAUUAAGACCUGGCUAUUGGACAUCUUUGCAGAACUAGCGACUGCAAUCCGAUUGCAUUGCUUCUAA